CAUUUGGUAAGUUAGAGUGUUCAACUGAUAACACAGUGAGAAGGUACUCUUAAUUAAUUUUUCAUAUUUAUAAGAGAAAAGAGUACUUGAAAAAACUCCUUAAUUUCAUGGAGUACCAAUCACUUGUGGGAAUAGAGAUGAUAGCAGCAAUCUGUGUUGCAAUUUUGUUAGUAAUAUACACAUGGAAAGUGUUGAAUUGGGCAUGGUUUGGGCCAAAGAAAUUGGAGAAUUGCUUAAGGCAAAGAGGUCUAAAGGGAAAUCCUUACAAGUUACUCUAUGGAGAUUUGAAGGAACUCACAAAUAAACUCAAUGAAGCCAAAUCUAAGCCAAUCGAUUUCUCUGAUGAUAUAGCUCAAAGGCUCAUCCCUUUUUUCUGUGAUUCCAUCAACAAAAAUGGUAAAAAUUCUUUUGCCUGGCUAGGCCCCAAGCCUAUCGUAUUCAUCACAGAACCUUCACUUAUAAAGAAGAUUUUUGAAAAAUAUUAUAUGUAUCAGAAGAAUAAACAUUCUAAUCCAUUCGCGAAGUUAUUGAAUCAAGGUCUCGUUACCCUUGAGGAAGACAAAUGGGCUAAGCACAGAAAAAUCAUCAAUCCCGCCUUCCAUUUUGAGAAACUAAAGCAUAUGCUGCCAGCAUUUUAUCAGACUUGUAGUGAAAUGCUAAGCAAAUGGGAGGAGAUUGUUCCAAAGGAAACAUCAGUCGAGUUCGAUGUAUGGCCACACUUUCAACUAAUGACAGGUGAAGUCAUUUCUCGAACUGCAUUUGGGAGUAGUUAUGAAGAAGGAAGAAUAGUAUUUGAACUUCAGAAAGAACAAGCUGAGCAUGUAAUGGAACAAGUUUUUUCGAUUUAUAUACCAGGGUCGAGGUUCUUUCCUAGUAAGAGGAAGAAAAGAAUGCUGGAAAUCGAAAAGGAAAUUCAAACGACAAUUAGGCAUAUCAUUGACAAAAGAUUGAGGGCAAUGAAAGCAGGGGAGACUAGUAAUAAUAAUGAAGACUUAUUAGGCAUAUUACUUGAAUCCAAUAUGAAAGAAAUUGAACAGCACGGAAGUAAAGAUUUCGGAAUGACAACAUCAGAAGUGAUUGAAGAGUGUAAGUUAUUCUACUUUGCUGGACAAGAGACCACUUCAGUGUUGCUCGUAUGGACGAUGAUAUUACUGUGCCUACAUCCAGAGUGGCAAGUACGUGCCAGAGAGGAGGUUUUGCACGUCUUCGGAAAUGAAAAACCAGAUUUUGAAGGACUAAAUCGCCUGAAAAUUGUGACAAUGAUCUUGUACGAGACGUUAAGGCUAUUCCCCCCAGUACCGACAUAUGGUAGAAGGAACAAAGAUGAAGUCGAAUUAGGGGACCUGAGUCUACCAGCUGAUUUGCUACUCGUUAUACCCGCCAUCUUAGUACAUUAUAACAAAGAAGUAUGGGGUGAAGAUGCGAAGGAAUUCAAACCCGAAAGAUUUAGUGAAGGAGUGUCAAAGGCAACAAACGGACAAGUCUCGUUUAUUCCAUUUGGUUGGGGACCCCGAAUUUGCAUUGGACAAAACUUCGCAAUGAUGGAAGCAAAGAUGGCAAUAACAAUGAUACUACAAAGGUUCUCCUUCGAACUCUCUCCAUCAUAUACGCAUGCUCCAGUUGCAGUAGUGGCUAUUCAUCCACAGUAUGGUGCUCCUUUGCUUAUGCGCAAGCUUUAAAAUGUUCACUGUUUUCUUCAGUUUGUGUUUUAAUUCUUCAGCUUUUUAUGGUGUUUAACUUUCAUCUAGUCUUGUGAAGAGUUUGCAUAGUACUUUCUGUAUAAGCAGCUCGAACUUUCAACUGUGUUACAAAGAACAAUAAAUGGAUCGGAAUUUUGCAUAUUAAAGGGCAGGUCGGUGCACUAAAGCUCCCGCUAUGCGCAGGGUCCGGGAAGGGCCGACCACAAGGGAAUUUUGCAUAUUAUUCACAUUAAUUAAUAGUGUAAGUCAGUAAAUGUAGCUGCUUCUCCAAGUAUGAAACAUUAUUAAAU